CAUCAGCCACCACCGUCCAGCCAUGAAGACCAUCCUGGUGAUCGCCGCUCUGCUGGCCUGUGCCUCGGCCAAGCCGAGGUUUGACAAGGGCCUGAGCUGGGGCUCCGGCUCUGACAACGGCCAGGGAUGGGGCUCCUGGUCCGGUAACGGACUGGGAUGGGGCUCCGGCUCCGACAACGGCCAGGGAUGGGGCUCCGGCUCUGACAACGGUCAGGCCAACCGAGGCCUGACGCUGAGCCAGCUGUGCCAGGCGCUGCAGCUCAUCAACAACGGCGUCCAGUGGCCGGCCUGCCAGGCGUCCUCCGGCUCUGCCGGCAUCACGGCCGCCCAGAGGGGCGCCCUGACGCAGGCGUCGCUGUCGCAGCUGUGCCAGCAGCUGCAGGCCAUCAACAACGGCAUCAACUGGCCCGCCUGCCAGCUCGCCACCGCCCUCGGCAAGUAGACAAAGAAGACGCCAGCAGCACCGGAUGUCGAAGGCAGUGAAUCUGUUUUGGUAUACUGCUCCUAAGUCGGACAUCCUUUCAAUAAUUGCAGCUACUAACUAUAUGAUGCUUUUGUUGCCUUUCUUUACGUUAUGUUUUCAUGUAAUACACCAUUAAAAUGAG